GAGAAGGGGGGCAGAGACUGUGUGAGAGAGGCACAGAGGUGUUGAAACGCGGUGGGGACAGACAGAGCAGUAUUCCCCCCCUGCGCUGUGUUGCUCACAUAUUAUAUGCAUUAGCGCAAUACCCUGUGUGUAAAAAUGGAUACCGGUCGUCACGAUUUCUAACACACGGGUGUAAACAUUUGGGUCGUGUCCUCCUCCCUCCAUGUGUGGACCACAGACAGACGAGCUUCGGUGGAGCUCCCGGUAACAGUAUUCGUCAUGUCGCCUCCACAGCCCACUCGUCGCCUCCUGCUGACGGCAACGACACUGAAAAGAGCUGACUCUGCCUUGGCGUCCUGAUGCAUAAGUCAAGCCACCAUGCAGUGUUCUUGGAAGUCUGUGAUGCUGCUAGCAUUAGCAUCCAUCGCCAUCCAGUACACGGCUAUCCGCACCUUUUCCACCAAGCCUCUUAGCCUGCUGUAUUCUGGUCUGACACCUACGGGCCAUGCAGUCAACUGCAGCCUCAGAGAUCUGACUAAACUUGGCCGGCAGAGACUCGAGGGCACAGACCAAGGCUGCGAUGAGGCCAGGACACCCUCUGCCUCUUCUGUUGACUCGGUUAAUGCCAACAAAAGAAUCCAUAUUCUCAUUCUGGCUACGACACGGAGUGGAUCCUCCUUUGUGGGUCAGCUGUUCAACCAGCAUCCAGAGGUAUUCUACCUGUUCGAGCCUCUGUACCAUGUCCAGCUGGCUCUGCUCCCACGGCUGUCACAGAGCAAGAACCAGGCUGAGAGGAGGGUGAUGCUGGGAGCAGCCAGAGAGAUGCUGAGGUCUCUGUACCACUGUCAGCUCAGCAGUCUGGAGACUUACAUACGACCCCGUCCCUCCAACCACUCCACUGACAAGCUGUUCAGACGAGGAGCCAGCCGGUCUCUGUGCACCCCUCCUGUUUGUGAAGCCCCUCUUGGCCUGGAGGCUCAGAGUCUGGUGCUGGCUGAUGAGGGGGAGUGUGUGAGGAGGUGUGGGCCGCUCAACCUGUCACUGGCUGCUGACACCUGUAGAGGAAAGCGCCAUGCAGCCAUCAAGACCGUCCGGAUUCCCCAAAUCAGUGACCUCAGAGCGCUGAUCCAGGACCCGAGACUCAACCUGAAGGUUGUCCAGCUUGUUCGAGAUCCACGCGGCAUCCUGGCAUCCCGUAUCGAGACAUUUCGAGACACUUACCGCCUGUGGCGUCUGUGGAGAGCGACCGGACGGCGUCCCCACAACCUGGACCUGGGACAGAUCAACACAGUGUGUGAGGACUUCCUCCGGUCCGUGUCCACGGGGCUGCUGUCCAGACCUGCCUGGCUCAGAGGGAGGUACAUGCUGCUCAGGUAUGAAGACCUGGCCAGGUUUCCUCUCCAGAAGGCCCGAGAGCUUUACGCUUUCCUGGGUCUUGAUCUGGACCACAGUGUAGAGGACUGGAUCAUCAACAACACUCGGGGUACUAGUGAUCUGUCGUCACGGCAGAAGUUCACCACAGUUCGGGACUCUGCUGCUAAUGCAGAGAACUGGAGGGUGAAGCUGUCCUUUGACAUGGUCGUUUACACCCAGACUGCCUGCAAACCUCUGCUUGAGCUCCUCGGAUACAAGAGAGUUUUCCACCCCAGAGAACUGAGAAAUGUCUCACGGUCCUUGGUGGAGGACAGGACGUUCCUCCCAUUUCUUUAAACAACUGAUGAUUUACAUCUAUCCUAUACAGGCUUUAGGAAACUAUCUGUCAAAGCAGUACUAUAGUUUAUGAAGCACAUUACAUGAUGGAAGCUGUCUUACUGACCGAUCUUGUUUUUCUCACCAUGUCUGUGCUGGAAAAAGAGCUGUGACCAUCCGUCUAUCUGUUUAAAACUUAAAGUUCUAUAAAAGAAUCCAGAAUUAUUUCACUUUGCAGCAGUUAUCACAUCUAUCUAUCUAUCUAUCUAUCUAUCUAUCCCUCCAUCAAUCUAUCCAUCUACAUAACUUCCCUGACCCAUGACUAAUCAACUAUGUAGGUUACAGCCAUUUUUCAAAUGUAUAUUUUUACAUAAUGGUGGGUAUUCUCAGUUGGACAGUGCUAUGAAAAUGAAUUUCCCCAUGUGGACUCUAAAGUCUAAACUCUAUAUAUAAUCUAUAUAGCAGCAAUACAUGCGGUACAAUCACAAGGUCGCUGACUUAAAUCAAUUUAUCACUACAGGAGGAUUCUGGUUUUAUAAAACCUUGGGUUUCACAUUUUGGGGUCAAGGUGAACAUGUAAAGUACUAAAUGUUUUUGAAUAGCUUGAGUAGAUCUCUCCAACCAGCUUUGGAAAAACAGCCUGUAAUGUAAAGGCAUUUACAGUUUUUCUCUGUCGCUUUGGUACAUUUCUCGAAUCAUCCUCGACAUUUGCAAAACAGUAAGUGCAUUUCUCAAAACAAUUCGUACAAAUAGCAAAACACCAUGGAUUACCUGCAAAAGCCAGUCUCUUGCUCAAAAUCCUGAGUUCAUCUCUCAAAAGUAAAUAUCUGUGUCAAUGAACAUGUCAGUGCCAUCAGAAUGACAAGUCCUUGUGUCAUUGUGUACGGAUAAGACAGUCAAAUUGCUUAGUUACGUUGUCAAUAUAACAGUGUACUCUGGAGGGGUGUUCUGAUAUAAACUAUGGCUAAAGUUCUGAUAACAAUUAUUGUAAAUUGUAAGUUACACCUUAGUGUAUGUGGGAGAUUGAUUGCAAGAGACUGGACAAGAUUCACAUUUACGCUUUUACUGUUUGUACUGUAAUUUUUUGACAGACCAUGUCAUUGUGAUACAGAAAGGAAAAGACAGCACUGCAUAGCACAAAGAAAAAAAACAAAAAAACAAAAGUAGAAAUGUGACCAUAGGACAAUCUCCUGAGGAAAAACUGUACAUGCAGUGCUUUGGAAUUACAGUGCAGUCUUCCUACACCUCCUGACGUUGACGCUGGUGAUCAUAUACUUUCCAGUAUUUCCAGUUGUUCUCCCAACAUUUGGCUGCACCCUUCGACCAGCCUCGGCCAUUGUAAGCCCAUGAUUGAGAACGUGGUCUACAAGUGUGGCUCUUAUCUCAUCAGGAACGCGCAUAUGUCCUCGGGCUCUUCUGCCUUUUCCUCUGUUUUGCCUCCCAGCUCCUUUGCCACGCAGCCUCACUCCUCUUCCUCUACUUCUUCUCUCUGGCUGUUGACCCCGUCCAAUUCCUUGUCCUUCCAUUGUCAGACAUUGUAACAUUGUGUUGUGCUCCGGCUAUAUAUGUACUUGCCAAUUGAUGGUUCAUGAGAUGCACCUUUGAGCUAUUUCAGAAAACUGGUUGAUCAUUGGUUGAUCUAAUGCUUCACACAUUUCCCUUCAUUAGAGAAAGUCAAGAUUCACCUGGGAGCUAUUUACCAAUUCAGGACAGAUUUAGAAAAAAAGUCUAAUGUCUAUAGAAAUAUGCUUGACAUAUUAUGACAACUUGUUCAACCAUUUUGCAUGUAAAGACUUAUGCGAUGAACCAAUGCCUAAAUGUUGUGGGGGGUGAGACUAUUCAACAGAGACCCAUUAUAAUACAUUUUGAUCAACAUGACAUAAGCAAUUGAUAAUGUAGGAAACAGCAGAGAAUUGUACACAAUAAUUUGAAUGGAUAUACCAAAGCAUUUGCAACUUGUUCAAAGAAAUGAGAAACUGCUUUUUUGAUGUGCACAAGUGACACAAUGAUGUGAAGAUUGAACAAGUAGUUUUGAGAAUUUCAAUUCUGAUCUGAGAAAUGUACCAAAGCGACUGAGAAAAACUGUAAGUACACUGAAUAAAAUUUCCUUUUUUUGCCAAUAACAAGCUCACAUUCGGUUCUAUGGGUUUUCCACCAUGACAGCAAUGAUCAAAACAGAUAUUUAUCUUUUUGUCAUUAAUUACUGUAAGAUGCAGUUACAGCUGUUACACAUCAACCUUAAGUCCCGUUUCCACCAAGCAGUCCAGUUUAGCUGCUUUCGGUAAGUGACACAUUUGUCUGUGCUUUUACUGUCAAACAUUGGGGAUGGUACCAAGAUAACUAAUCCAUACCCUUCUACUUCUUUGGUACCCUGUUGAGGUGCCAAGCGUACCGAUCCGACACUAAAGGUUGGAGCUUGACACACUGCAGUCUGCUGAUUGGUCAAAAGAAUCGUAACUUCCUGUGCUACAGUGGUAAGAAAGGACAAACACAAAACGCAUCAUGUUUAAAUAUCCUGUGGAUUUGGAGAGAGUAAUUUCAAGGCUGUUUUUGUUUUUUGUGACUAUUGUCAGCGCGUAGCACUGCCCUAUGGACAACCUCUGAGAUGCAGACCUUCUUAAGAAUCAUUGAUCUUUGUUUACUGUGUCACGUUCUUCUUUGUUUAAUUUAUUGGCUGUCUACAUUAUGUCAUGCCGCUGUGAUUUAGUGAUGUGUAAGGGUACGGUUGUCUGUGGAAACGCAAGCAAGAUCAGGGUUUACCGUACCAAACUGUACCCAGAUGAACCUGACCGCUUUUAAGGCUACCAGAAGUCAGUGACUAAAACGUUAGUUUUGGCAGAUCACAGGAGUUUGUGAUCUACCAAUUCCUUGACUAGUGAGUUUAUUGGUGAUGUUGUGUUAUGGUGAACUCAUUCUCAUUUUGGUAAAGUCAUUCUUUAGCACAGAAACAAACUAUUUGAUCGCAGAGUUAGACCAGCAACUAAUGCUUUUGGCAUAUACAAUUGACAAUAUUGUUAAUGGAGUGUGUUUUUUUAAGAGAGCCAUGAAAAGGUGUUUUCUGUUUUUUUUUUUUUUAAACGCUUCUAAUCCGUAAUCCUAAUUGGCAAAUUAAGACAUUUUCCAAUUAUGAUUACCGCUAAUACUUGUGCAGCUGCACAACUUUUUAUGUACAGUUUUCGCUGAUGGGGUUCAACAGAUCCCUGAUCAGCCUUUCCACACCAUGUAACCAUUGAUAAAAAGUGUGACUAAACUGUGACAUAUGUACAAUAACCAGGUAGUGUCAGGACCAGACAAGUUGCAGAUUAUUUUCAUGCAUAAAUUCAAAUAAACCUAACCAUCUUAUAUAUUUUCAAUUUAAGAAUGUUUUACUUUAGUAACACAAUGUGAAGGUGGAUAUUAAUAUAUUUUAUUUAUGAAUCUGUUUUUAUCCAGAUUCAAAAUCAUGUGAAAACAACAUGCAGACAAUUUAAAUGUAAAAACAUGAUGUUCACAUUCUUAUAGAACAUGAAUUCAUGACUAUGUGAUACUUUCACCAUGUCUCAUCAUAGCAGGAAAAUGAACGUGAUCCAAUUAAAACAAGUCAUUGUCA